AGAGAAACUUUUUCAUUUAUAUUUUCAUUUUUUUAUUCUAGAAUUACUUAGGGAGAAAUUUGUUCAAAUAUACUUCAAGUAACCCUCUUAAUUUAAAAAGAAAGUAGUGUCCUUCAUUGUCUCUUCUUCGGAAACUCUCCUUCCAUAGAUAUUCUUUAAGAUUUCAUUGUGCUAAUUUUUGAAUAUACUCCUAGUCUCUUCAAAAAAUUUCCUCUUUGAUCAAGUGGUGUGUGACUGCAUAUGUAUUUUCCCCAACCUGUCAUUAGUCUGAGCUGAACAUAUGUAAGAUUUCUAUGUUCAUGAACCUGCAGUUUUGAUGCUUCGUGAACAAGCUUCCUCUGCAGUUGCCUCUUGGUCCUCUAAUUUUUCAGCCCAGAAUUUCCCUGCCUCAGUUCUUUUACAAGAGCAGCGUGAUGAAUAUAGGCCUCUUCUUCACAUGUCUAAGGAAGACAAAACAUCUCAGGCAAUUUUAAAUACAAGGCAGAUGGAUAUGGACGCGGUUCAUGAAGAGAAUAACACUGGAAAUGCUGACCAGGUAGUGCUGGACUUUAGGAAGCACCUGCAUCUCUGGCCUCGUUUACAGAACUUAUUAACUUCCUCCCAAACAGGAGAAAUUGCUGCUUCUUCAACUCUACAGCAUAUUUCUGUUGACUCGGACAGACGGACAGAUAGUGUGCAAUGUAAUGGAGUUUCUCUUGCUAAGAAAGCUUUGUCUACUGCAAAACAGGCAUCCUUAGUUGUUGAAGGCCUGAAAUCAACUAAAGCUGAUGAUGAUUCAAUUCCUUUUGGUCUGGCUUCCACUAGUUUGGCGGACCCAUCAAUUGGGAGAAAUAAAACUGUGAGGUCAACUCGGCUUUUAGAGAGACGAGCAAAACAAAGAAAAGUACCUAAGUCCGUAGUUAAAGAUGAUGAAGCCUACGAUACAAGAAAGGAUGAUUCUCAAGAAAGGCUACGCAAAGAAAAGAAUAUAAAUGAAGAAUUUGAUCACAAUGAUACCCUACGCAUGUUCUUGAGGGGUCCUGAAACAAAACAACUUUUGACACUUGAACAAGAAUCUGAACUGAUUUCUCAGAUACAGGACUUAUUGAAAUUGGAAGAAUUGAAGACCAGACUCCAAUCUCAAUUUGGUAGGGAACCAACUAUGGCUGAAUGGGCUGAGGGUGCGGGACUUAACUCUCGAAAGCUCCAUGCUCAGCUUCAUCAUGGAAACAAAAGCAGAGAAAAGUUGAUUCAAGCAAAUUUACGCAUGGUAGUCCAUGUUGCCAAAAGUUAUCAGGGACGUGGUCUCAGCCUUCAGGACUUAUUACAGGAGGGUAGUAUGGGCCUUAUGAAGAGUGUUGAAAAAUUCAAUCCCCUAGCCGGUUCCCGAUUUGGUAAUUAUGCAUUCUGGUGGAUAAGGCAAGCAAUAAGGAAAGCGGUGUUUAGACAUUCCAGGACAAUCCGUCUGCCGGAGAAGGUAUAUAUCCAAUUGGGCAAGGUAAUGGAAGCAAAGAAAUUGUACAUUCAGGAAGGAAAUCUUCACCCAACUAAAGAAGAAUUAGCAAGAAGGGUAGGAAUUACAGUAGAAAAGAUUGACAAAUUACUAUAUUCUGCAAGAACUCCAAUUUCUAUGCAGAAAACUGUGUGGGCUGACCAAGAUACAACUUUCCAGGAGAUUACUGCAGAUCCCACAGUUGAGGCCACAGACUUGAGUGUUGAAAAACAGCUUAUGAGGCGGCAUGUGCUCAAUGUCCUAACUAUCUUGCGCCCCAAAGAAAGGAAAAUAAUCCGACUAAGAUAUGGUUUUGAAGAUGGUGAACAGAAAUCUUUAUCAGAAAUUGGAGACAUAUUUGGUUUGUCUAAGGAAAGGGUUCGUCAAUUGGAGAUCCGAGCAUUAUAUAAGCUUAAGAAGUGCCUUGUCAAACAAGGACUUGAUGCUUAUGUAGACUUGCUUUUAUAAGUAGACACCAAGGUUAUGUAGUUUCAUUUCACACGGCGCAGACUUUUUCUUGCAACGAGUUAAACAGUUGUGUGAGGAUCCAACUUUUGAAGGCAAAUUUGAUGAACACUGUGAUUGAGGUCAAAUCAGAGAGGACUUUGAUAGCA